GGAUGCGGGGGAGAUCCGCAGGGUUCAGGCGCGAGUCAAAGCGGCGGCUUUUGCCGGAGGAGCCUGGGAGACGAGUGCAAGCAAGAAAGGCGCGGCUGAAAAACAGCCGUACUGAUUGAAUUCGACUGCCUCUCAAUGGCCGUCUAAGCUGCCGUGACUUUUCUUCGCUACAUUAAGCCUGGGCUUAAUGAAGUGACGGCCAGGGCUCCUUAAAAAGGGGGCUCGAGGACUCCCGGGGGGUCCCCCCCCCAGGCCCUCUCGAGGGUCCGUGACAUCAACGUUAUUUGCCAGAUGUUGGAAGAUAUUUGCAAACGUUUAAAACAAUGACGUGUCUUCAUGAUUACUUUUUUGUUUGUUAAAAGUAUAGGGUGUUUUUCUCCCCCCCAUGAAAAAUACUUUUAUUGAUGUUAAUAUCUUAACAUGUUUAAUGUGAUUUUUACGCGAUUUUAGACAAUUAAUUUUUAACACUGUAGAUAUUGAUAAAUACAACCCAUGCAAAUGAAAGUUUUUGAGGUGGUUCUCCAUAAUUUUUAAAAGAAGUGGGAAGAAGACCUCUGAGAGCAAAAAGGGUUAAGAAAUGCUGGUGGUCUAUAUAAGUCUAUCUAGAAAAUUGAUGGAUAGACCAGUUCCUAUCUUUUUUGCAUUUGGGAGAUUAGCCAAGGUGGGGAUAAAGUAUCAUCGCAUAUCUAGUAGUUCAUCAAUUUAUAAACCAUACUAACUGGAAUUACAUAAAUCAUAAAACAAGCAAACUACAUUUUGGCUUAAUGAAAAUCCUGAAAGUCUGUUGAACUUUUGUUUGUUUAUAUUUAUAUUUUCACUAACAAACUUAAUAGGCAAGGUUUUAAUUAAGAAUUUAAUUAAAAGGUUUUUAACCCAUUAUUUUAAAAAAUAAAAUUGUUAGUCAUUCUAAUAUAAAUCCUACAAUCACAAGUUUGUACUUUCAGUUUUAUAGUCUAUUACUUAUCCAGAUGUUUAAAUAUUAAUAUUUGGCAGAAGGAAAAACCCUACACACAGACCUGUAACUUUAGAACAUUCUUUGAUAUACUUCCUGUUUGAUACCCUAUAAAUUUACAUAGGAUGUAUUUUAUAAACAUAUGACAAAUUGAAGUGGGGAGAAUCAGGAAUUGGGCUGUUCAAUUAUUCUUUCCAGAGUAUAGAGCACCAGGAUGAAUUCAGGGUAUAUUACAGUAUAGGUAGUCCUCAACUUACAACAAUUGACCUCAACAUUUCUCUUGCUACGCAAGACAGUUAUUAAGUGAGUUGUGCCCCGUUUUGUGACCUUUUUGCCACAGUUGUUAAACAAAUCACUACAGUUGUUAAGUGAAUCAUGUGGUUGUUAAGCAAAUCCAGCUUCCCCAUUGACUUUGCUUAUCAGAAGCCAGCUGGAAAGCUUACAAAUGGUGAUAACAUGACCCUGGGACAGUGCAACUGGUAUAAAAACAUGGCAGUUGCCGAGCAUCCAAAUUCUGAUCAUGUGAUCAUGGAGAUGCUACAAUGGUUGCAUGAAAACCAAUCAUAAGUCACUUUUGUUCAGUGCCAUUAUAACUUCAAAUGUUCACUAAAUGAAUGGUUGUAAGCCAUGGUCUUAUCUGUAUGGUUGACUUUUGUUAACACGACAACAGUAUUCUGGAUGGCUCGGAAAUUAAGAAGGGUCAGACCUGAUUAGUACUCUGAUGAGAGGCAUUAGAAAAUCACAAACUCUACAGUCAAAUUCAAAAGACUAUCUGAAAGAAAGCAUUGGUGGAAAUAAGGAUAAUAUCAGGGCAGGGUGCAAGAAAUGUGGCUAUCCGGGUCAUCUGACAUUUGAGUGCCGAAACUUUCUCCGUGUAGAUCCCAAAAGAGACAUUGUUUUAGAUGUGAGUAGCACAAGCAGUGAAGAGAGUGAGGAAGAGGAGCUGGGAAAACUUGAUGUUGUUCCAGAAAAGCAGGGUAUUCCUGAUGAAGAAGAAAAGAAAAAGAUCCAAAAGAAAAGCAAGGAAAAAUCAAAAUUAAAGAAAUCAAGAAAAAGAUCUCAUUCUUCAAGCAUCACAGAAGACGAUGAACCUAAAUCAAAAAAGCAGAAAUCCCAUAAAAAAGAAAAGAAAAAACUGAAAAAGAAUAAAUCUAAGAAAAGAAAACAUCGUCACAAAAAGGGAGGAAAAAAACACAAAAGAGGAAAAGAUUCUUCAUCUUCUGAUAGUUCAGAUUCUUCUACCAAUGAUUGAAAAACAAGACAUAGGUUGAUUUAUGUCAAUCCUAGUUCAAAUAAUGCCACAAGAUAUAUACUCCUUAAUAAUUUAUUUUAAAAAUAUCUUUGUAUCAAACUUUUUUUUAUGGGGCGGGGGAAUUAAGGUUUUCAUUCUCCUUUGUGGGUUUCAAUUUUUAUUUGUACUUCCUGAUUGAAAACCGGUUGAGAGAUUAAAAUUUUAUUGCUUCUAAGAUUUUAAUCUCUCAACAAUUAAAAAUUAUUUGCGAACAAAACCCAGUAAUUUUUGUUGUACAGUCCCAUGGUUUUUUUUAACUUCUGAUAAUCAUUGGGUACCUGCAAAGAGACUGCUGUUCCGCAGAUUCCAGAUCCCAUUUAUUUCCAUGAUAGGUCCCAGAAAGAAGGAAAAAUACUUGCCCAAUUCCAUAGCAGGCAUUUAUGUCCCUUAACUGGGAACACCUAGAGAAGUUCCACUUGCAUCGGCAUCCAUUCCAUUAGAAAACUAGCAGAGCAUGGAACCAGUAAUUUUCCCUCUUUAAAUUUUCUUUUUUUCCCUGCCCCAUGGAAAUGUUUUGUCAUUGUGUUCUGUUACUAAGAUACAUGUUCUUUUAUACGUUUAAUAAAACUAGAAGGGAGUAUGUAUCUUAGAAAAUUGUGAAACAAUUUUCUAACAAUACAAUCAUUGCUACUUAUAGCUGAUGAUUCUAGAACUAAUUCAAGGAGUAAUUAGUUCUAAAAUCAUCAGCUGUAACUAGCAAUGAUUGUAUAGUGUACAACAUGGAAUGGAAAGAAGUGAAGAUGUUGAAAGGCUGUUGUAGCAUAUUAUAAGUUCACGUGGUAGAAGCAUCUGAAUCAGGAUGUAAGCUUGUGUGUGAGAGUAAAUAUUGGGAAUUAAAUGAGCAAAGUGGACAUAGAUUUUUAAGCACCAAGUGAUUUUUUUCUAGUAAAAAAUCCUGUUUUUUGGCCACUUGAACUAAAGAUAAAACUAUUUUUAUGCUGCUUUUUUAUUUCCCUGUUGUUUCUUGCCAUUUAUUUGUAUAAAUGAAAAAUUAGUAUAUACUUUUUUGGGGGGACCAAAGAAGUAACCUGAUUUUAUUUGUAAGCUAAAUGAUUGCUUUAUUGUGCUUAGUUUGCUGAAAAAUUAAAAAAGGCCAUUCUUUUACCA